AUGUCUGAAUCUCAGGUCAAGGUCAACUUCUUUACCAAGGAAGAAGAUGAGUCGCUUCGUGCUCCUGAAGCUCCCCUUUUCGUUCCUGUUUCUUUGAAGCGUUAUGGUUUGUCUGAGGUUGUAAAUCAUCUCUUAGAGAGAGAAGACCCAGUGCCCUUUGACUUCUUAAUUGAUGGCGUGUUGUUGCGCACAUCUCUUGAUGAGUAUUUGGUUAAAAACGGUUUAUCUUCUGAAGCAUUUGUUCUGAUCGAAUAUGCUCGUGCUGUGCUUCCUCCUUCAUUUUUGGCAUCCUUCAACAACGAGGACUGGAUCUCCAGUGUCGACACAUUCAGUGCUAGCUCAGCAGGUGACAGAUUACAAGAUGACUCUUUCAGUCUGCCACAGAUUUUGGUGGGAUCGUAUGACAGUAUUGUGAGAACCUACAACAUGUCUGGACAAGUACAACAACAAUUCGCAGGUCAUCUGGCAGCUGUCAAAGCCGCUAAGUGGGUAACUAAUCACCGUGCAGUCUCUGGUGCUACUGACGGUCAAAUAAGAUUAUGGAAGACUUCAGCAUCUUCCAAAGAAGAAGUUGGAGAAGAAGAGGAGCCUGAAUCUGGAAAGACUUUGGCUAUCUUGACUGGCCACAAUGCUGCCGUAGUAAAUCUCGAUACACACGCAAAAACUCAACGCAUUCUUUCUGCCAGUCAUGACAAUGUCGUAGGUGUGUGGUCUAGUGUGCCAAAGCAAAUGAAUGUUGUAGACGCCAUGGGUGAGGAGGCAACUGGUGCUUUUGCUUCCCUGGCCUCCAAAAAGAGACGGAAGAUGGCAAACCGCGACUCAGCAGUGAAGCACAGAGCGCCACUUGCGCUUCUUGAGGGACACAUGCAGCCCGUGGAGGAUGUGUGUUUUGACAAGACUGAUUCGUCUGUUGCAUACUCUGUUUCUCAGGACCAUACAGUGAAAACAUGGGAUCUUGUCACUGGUCGUUGUGUUGACACUAGAAGUACAGGCUACUCUUUACUUUCGGUUCUACAACUUCCAGAAGUGCACCUCAUUGCAACUGGAUCCUCUGCCAGACACAUCAACUUACACGACCCUAGAGCGCAAGCAGGCGCAACAGAAAUGAGCAUAUCCAAGCUAACUGGGCACACCAAUUUUGUUGUGGACCUUGCUGCUUGUCCCACUAAGCCAAAUAUCUUUGCCUCUGCCUCCCAUGAUGGUAGUGUUAGAAUUUGGGACGUGAGAUCCGAGAAAUCGUUAUACGUCAUUGAGAGAGAAUCAGGAAACGGUAAAGUGUUUGGUGUUGCCUGGGAUAACGACAUUGGUAUUGUCAGUGGUGGUGAGGACAAAAAACUUCAAAUCAACUCCAACCUUAAUUAA